AUGGAAACUCAAACUCAGCCACACACCACAGCGCAGCCCACCCCCGUCAGGCACAGCUUGGCGCGGGCGGUGGCGCGGGCGGUCAAGCGGCGGGCUGCAGCACAGAAUAGUGUUGAAGAAGAAUAUCUUUUGGCUUUGAUUUUAGAAAAUGAGUAUGAAAAUAAUGAUAAAUGUAAAAAAAGGUUGAAAGAGUAUUGUGAAGUUUUAAAAAAUGUAACAAAAGAACCAAAAAAACUAGAAGAAAAGUUAGACGGAAUCUGCAAAGAUGAUAAAACAAUAGAAGCAAAAUGCAAAGAAUCAGAAACAAAGGUUAAAGCAAAGUGUACUAGUUUUCAAACAGAACUUGAUAAAGCAGUCAAAAAGGGAGCUUCAACAUUAGAAGAUAAUGAUUGUAAGAAGAAUGAACGACAAUGCCUGUUUUUGGAGGGAGCAUGUCCAACAGAACUUAAAGAUAAAUGUAAUGAACUGAGGAAUAAAUGUUAUCAAAAAAAACGAGACGACGUAGCAGAAAAAGCUCUUUUAAGAGUACUUAGAGGGAACCUUAAGGAUAAAAACACAUGCAAAAAUAAGUUAAAGGGGGUUUGUCAAGAAUUCAACAAAGAAAGUGAUGAGCUAAUAAAAUUAUGUCUUGACGAAGAAAAAACGUGUGGAGAUCUUGUAUCUAAGAAAGAAUACAAAUGCAAACCUCUCAAAGAAGGAAUUGAUCUAGUGCUUGGAAAGGAAGAUUUAUUAAAAGAAAAAUGUUUAUUAUUUCUUGAAGAAUGUUACUUUUAUGGGUCAAACUGUGAAACAGAUCAGCCAAAGUGUAAAGAGUUUGCAAGCAAAUGUCAAAAGGAAAAUCUCGUUUAUGCAGCACCAGGUUCACACUUUGAUCCUACGAAAUUAAAGAUUAGGUUAGCAGAAGAAAUAGACCUAGAAAAAUUGUACGUAGAAGCAGUGAAAAAGGGAAUUCAUAUUGGAAGGCCAUCAAUAAAAGAUGAAGUCGCUUUAUUGGCAUUAUUAAGCAAGAGUGAUGCUCAAAAUACUUUUAAAGAUCAAUGUGAAGAUGUUAUUAAAAAAAAAUGUGGAAACUUUAAAGAGCAUAUUAUUUUAAAAGAUUUAUGUAGUAAUAAGACUAUCACUGAUAAUCCAAAAGAAAAAUGCGAAGAACUAAAUAAGGAGUUAACAACCCGUAUUUUAACUGUUUCUAAAAGGAUUGAGAAAUAUUUCGCUCCAGCUAAUGUAAAGGAAAUUAUUGGUUGGCAUAUGUUGCAUACAUUUCUUGGUGAAAGAGAGUGUACGAAACUGUUGUCGGAUUGUUUUUAUUUGAAAAGCCAAGCUCCACUUGAAAAGCCCUGCAAUAACUUAAAAGCAGCAUGUUAUAAAAAAGGGCUUGAAGCAGUAGCAAAUGAAGCAUUACAAGAUAAGUUACGGGGAAAAUUGCAAGGUUCAAAUAGAACAUGGCUUGAAACCCUUCAAAAAAACUUGGUAAAAGUUUGUGAAAAGACGAAAGGAGAAAGUGAUGAAUUAUUUGUACUAUGUAUGAACCCAAUAAAAACGGCUCUUACAGUGUCAACAGAUUUGCGAAUGAGGGCAGUUGCUUUGCAAGAGCAUUUGAACGAAAAACGAGAUUUUCCAACAGAAAAGGAUUGUAAAGAAUUAGAGAAAAAAUGUGAGGUCUUAGGAAAAGAUUCAAGAGAAAUUAAAUGGUCAUGUUAUACGUUAAAACAGCAUUGCAAUCGGCUGAAGAGCAUAGAGCACUUAGAAGAGGAGUUGCUAAAAGAAAAUAAAGGAUAUUUAAAAGAUGAAAAUAGCUGCAAAGAAGAAGCUAAGAAACGAUGUGAAAAAUGGUUUAGAAGAGAAAAUAAUAAAUUUUUUUCGGCUUGUUCUGACUUGGAACUUGUUUGCAAAAAGAUCACUAGAAAUGUUGAAUCUAAAUGUAAUAUAUUGAAAGGACAUAUGGAAACUAUGAACGUUAUAAGUGAAAUAGCUAAAAAAGAGGAAAAAAUAUGUGAAUUUUGGGCUCCAUAUUGUAAAAAGUACGAGCAAAAUUGUGAAAAACUUAAAAACGGAGGAAAAGAUGGGCAAUGCAAAAAACUCAAUAAAAAGUGCAAAUCAUUCCUUGAAAAAGAAGCUUUAGAAAAUAAAGUUGUAGAAGAAUUGAAAGGUAGUUUAUCAAACGUAGGAGAAUGUAACAAUACACUUAAUAUAUACUGUACACAAUUGAAAAAGGCAGAGAAUGGGUUGGAAACUUUGUGCAAAAGCAAAGAAAACACCAAGAGUGACAUUAAAGUUAGAGAAGAACUCUGUGAAAAGCUAAUAAAACGUAUAAAAGAAAAAUGCUCAAAAUUGAAGGACGAGCUUGAAGAAGUAAAAGAGGUCUUAGAAAAGAAAGAAGAAAAGUAUAAAAAAAUUAAAGAAGAAGCAGAAAAAGCCAUGGAAGAUGCAAACCUUAUUUUAUCGAGAGCGAAAGGACCUGAUAAUAAUAAUAAUAAGUCAGUAAAUAAAGACUCAUCUGAUACACCUAAGGAAGGAAAAGGCACAACAGGAUUUAAACUUGUAAGAAGAAAUGCAAAAGUGCAUGUAACAGAAAAAGAAUUAGCAGCAUUUGAUUUGGUAGCAAGAGCAUUUGAUCUCUAUCUAGAAUUGAAAGAAAUAUGUAAUCAUUCACUGAAGAAUUGUGGUUUCAAAAAAGAGUGUGACUGUGAGGAUCCAUGUAAAAAGAUACAGGGAAUAUGUUCAACAUUAGAGCCACUAAAAGUGAGACCACACGAAAUAGUAACUAAAAACAUAACAACUACAACCACAACCACCACCACAACUACCAUUAAAGACGCAAAGGCAACAGAGUGCCAAUCUCUGCAAACGACAGACACAUGGGUCACAAAGACGUCAACCCAUACUAGCACAUCCACAACCACAUCUACAGUCACGUCAAGAAUAACCUUGACCUCGACGAGGCGGUGUAAGCCUACGAAGUGCACGACAGGAGAGGGGGAUGAAGCAGGAGAGGUGAAGCCGAAUGAGGGGUUGAGGAUGAGUGGGUGGAGUGUGAUGAGGGGGGUGCUAGUGGCUAUGAUGAUUUCAUUCAUGAUUUAG